AUGAAGCAAGUGCCAGUCGACGACGGGGGCUCAGGCCCCACCUUCACCAUAGGUGCCGGCCUCCCCCCAGAUCAAGAAGAGGCGCUGGCCGGUUUCCUCUGUGAGAACAAGGAUGUAUUGGCAUGGGAGGCGACGGACUUGGUUGGCGUCCCGCGAGACGUGAUGGAACACCAUCUGGUGGUGUGCCCCGGCGCGCGCCCGGUGAAGCAAAAGGCGCGGUGGCAAGCCCCGGAGAAGCAGUCGUUCAUCGUCCAGGAGGUCCACAAGCUACAAGAAGACGACGUCAUUCGGGAAGUGCCGCACCUAGAUUGGCUGGCCAAUCCGUUCAUUGUUCCCAAGAAGGGCGGGAAGGAGCGCUACCACCAGAUCAAGAUGGCGGUGCAGGACAUCGAGAAGACAGUCUUCCUAUCCCCAUGCGAGCUCGGGAGGAAUGCUGAGGCAUACGUCGAUGACAUAGUGGUCAAGUCACGGGAAGAAAGGACCCUUGUCGAAGAUUCGGAAGAAACGUUUGCCAACUUGCGCAAGGUAAACCUGCGCCUCAAUCCAGAGAAGUGCAUGUUCGGCGUCCCGUCCGGCAAGCUGCUGGAUUUCCUGGUGUCACACAGAGAGAUUGAGGCUAACCCAGAGAAGAUCAAGGCAAUAGAAAAGAUGAGCCCGCCGCAAACCCUCAAGGAGAUGCAGAAGCUCGCGGGCUGUGUGACCUCACUGGGGCGUUUCAUCUCCAAGCUCGGAGAGCGCGCCCUUCCGUUCUUCAAGCUGAUGAAAAAGAAGGCGUUCCAGCUAGAGUUUAGCACCACCUGGGUCAUCAAGGGUGCGACCCUCACUGACUUUGUGGCAGAAUGGACUGACGCCCCGGACCGAGGGGUGGGUGAAGACCGUUCCCUCACACCCGGAGAUGAGGCGCCUGACAGCUGGGUCAUGUACUUCGACGACGCGUUCGCGCACCAGGGCACGGGGGCUAGAGCCGUCUCCAACAACAUCACGGAAUACGAGGGCCUGAUCGCUGGCGUCAGGGUCGCGGCGGCCCUAGGGGUCAGGCGUCUCACCAUCAAGGGCGAUUCUCAGCUCCUCGUCAAAUUCUCCAACAAGGAAUAA